AUGGCUCUACUCUUUCGCAGUCUGCAGGCUCUGUGGUUCCUGCUUCUGAUCAGUCUAGUCGCUGCCGAACAUACCUCCAACUGGGCAGUGCUCGUUUCUACCUCACGCUUCUGGUUCAACUACCGCCACCUCGCCAAUGUACUCUCCCUCUACCGAACCGUCAAGCGUCUCGGGAUCCCCGAUUCGCAAAUCAUUCUCAUGCUCCCCGAUGACAUGGCCUGCAACCCUCGCAACGCCUUCCCCGGCACUGUCUACAGUAACGCGGACCGCGCAGUCGAUCUGUACGGCGACAACAUCGAGGUGGAUUACAGGGGCUACGAGGUGACGGUGGAGAACUUCAUCCGUCUGUUAACCGAUCGUCUCGACGCGGAUGUGCCGCGCAGCAAGCGGCUCGGAUCGGAUGCCGGCAGCAACGUUUUGGUGUACAUGACCGGACAUGGGGGAGACCAGUUCCUCAAGUUCCAGGACUCCGAGGAAAUCGGGGCAUGGGAUCUGGCUGACGCGUUUGGUCAGAUGUGGGAGAAGAAACGCUACCAUGAACUGCUGUUCAUGAUCGAUACUUGCCAAGCCAAUACGAUGUACACGCACUUCUACUCGCCGAACAUCGUCGCCACCGGCUCCAGUGAGCUCGACCAGUCCUCCUACUCCCACCAUGCGGACAACGACGUGGGCGUUGCCGUGAUUGAUCGCUGGACUUAUUACGUGCUGGAAUUCCUGGAGACACAAGUGACAAGCGCCAACUCGAAGCUGAACCUGGGUGAUCUGUUUGACUCGUACGAUGAAUCGAAGAUCCAUUCGCAGCCCGGUGUCCGGUGGGACUUGUUUCCAGGUGGCGAGCAAGAAGGCCGUCUGCGGACUGUGGUGGAUUUCUUUGGAAAUGUUCAAAACGUCGAAGUGGAGAACUCCAAUGCUACCGAGCCUGGGUCUCUCAAAGAAGAUCUGGCUGAGAUUGCACGGCUCGUGGAGAAAUGGCGCAAGCGCGAUGAAGAAUAUUCGGGCAUUCUCUCAUCCCAAAAUAAUACCGAGGCGGCCUCGCUGCAUCUGACCCCGAAGAAGACGGUUGGGCCCACCAAGAUGACCGAUGACAACAGCUGGGGCAAACGGCUGGUCGGUCUUUCGGUGGUGGGAGCAUGCACCGCUGUCUGGGUGGCGGGAUCCAUCUUGGGACGCAAGUUCUAA